AAUUGAUUUAGAAACCUAUACUCCUACCAGUUCUCGUGGGUCAAUGGAUUUACAGAAAAUGAACGAAAAUCAGAUCCCGUUUUGGGAAUGUUCAAGAACCCCAGACAAUUCCAGCUUUAACACAUCUGCGUUGGAAGUUAACGCCACCUGUAGCAAUGCGUCAAUAAUUCAGAAAUUCAAACCCACACGACCAAAAGAAAUGGACUCUGUGAGGAUUAUCCUUUACUCACUUGUCUUUCUCCUGAGUGUUUUUGGGAACCUGCUGAUCAUUGUGGUCCUAAUAGUAAACAAGAGAAUGCGGACCGUCACUAACUCCUUCCUGCUCUCGCUGGCUAUUAGUGAUCUCAUGAUGGCCAUCUUCUCCAUGCCCUUUAAUCUCAUCCCCAGCCUGCUGGAGGACUUCAUCUUUGGCGCUGCGAUGUGCAAGAUAGUCGCCUAUUUCAUGGGUUUAUCUGUCAGCAUCUCCACCUUCAGUCUGGUGGCCAUUGCCAUUGAAAGAUACAGCGCCAUUUGCAACCCGCUGAAGUCCAGGGCAUGGCAGACCCGUUCUCAUGCCUACAAGGUCAUCGCUGCCACAUGGAUACUAUCUGUGGGUAUCAUGGUGCCCUAUCCUGUGUUUAGUGUACUGGUGCCAUUCAACAAGCCGAACAACAUCACAGCUCACAUGUGCAGGCUUGACUGGCCCAUCAGUCAUGUGGAACAGACUUGGUACGUCUUGUUGCUCUUCAUUCUGUUCUUCAUCCCAGGUGUGGUGAUGAUAAUUGCCUACGGUCUCAUAUCCAGAGAACUUUAUAGAGGGAUUCAGUUUGAACUGGAGCAGAAGAAAGACUCUAGUGGCGUAAAGAAUGGGUUGAACAGCGCACUGUCUUCUGGCCAUGAUGAGAGUGAUGGGUGUUAUAUCCAGGUCCCAAAGAAGCCCCCCGCUAUGGAACUUUCUGCUCUGACCACCUCUGGCACCGUCAAGGCGGACCGUCCACGGAGCAACACCUCAGAGGCAAAGCUCAUUGCCAAGAAACGAGUGAUCCGAAUGCUGAUCAUUAUAGUUGCCAUGUUCUUCGUAUGCUGGAUGCCUCUAUACUCUGCCAACACCUGGAAGGCUUUUGACCAAAAAUCAGCCCAGAGUGCGCUUUCCGGAGCUCCCAUCUCCUUCAUUCAGCUGCUGUCCUACACCUCAGCCUGUGUCAACCCCAUCAUCUACUGCUUCAUGAACACCCGCUUCCGCAAGGCUCUCUUGGCCACCUUUGGGUGUUGCAGGCGGCCGUGCCAGAACCGGAGGAAGAGGAGGGAAGGUGAUGAUGAGAUCACUGGAGUCACAGGGGCGUCCAUAACAAAGUUCAGUUAUACCACUGUUAGCACGGUAGGGCUGUGUUAGCAUUAGCAUUGCAGGUUUUUUGUGACACGUACUGCUUGUUUAAGAGUUCAGAUCACCAGAUGUGUUCUUCUUUUUCAUGGUGUCAACAUGCUUUGUUCAAUGUGUCAUUUUUUAUUUGGAAAAUAAUACCUCAUUUGUCUGUUCUUUCUGCUGUAAACUGUCUUUCUGUGGUUGUGUCUUCAAUUUAUUUCAUUGUGAUACAAUCAAAAGGUGCGGUACACAGGAUGUGCAAAUAUGUAGCUUUAUAUUUAUUGUGUAAGAUCUUUAGAGAACUCUUCAGAGGAUGAUCUUAUCAUGCAUGGGAAAUGUACAUAGAGAAAUACCAUAUAAAUAUUCUUGUAUCUUCGAUGUUAUGGAACCAAAUACUGCAUGUUGCAUGAUCAAACAAAAGACUACACUUGUAGAUAGCUGCUUUCCGGCUACAAAAUGGUACAUUUUAUUGUCUAUUUUGAGUGUUGUGAUGUAUCGUCUGUAUUUUGUUCUCCGUUUUGUUAGAUUUCUAUAAUGGCAUCUUUGACUUAAUGAGCUUUGCUUAAAUGGCACCACUGAGAGUCCUUCUUUUGUAUAUUCUGAUAAUGACAGAUGGUUUUGUAGAAGACAAUGUUUAAUUUGUGCUCCUUCUUUUCUGAUGCACAUGUCCUACAAGUUAUCCUACAUGAGGAUGUAUCAGGUGGGCAAGGCAAUUCAGUCUUCAACAGAAUCAACAGUCUCUUGGAAAUCUUCACCCCAGUUGAAGUGAUGCCAUGGUCAGUACUGCCAAGCUGCAUGACAGGUUGGAAUUUUUAACGCCUUGGCACUGGAGAUUAUGAUAUAAAAGGAAAAUAAUA